AUGGCGCAAAUUUUCAAGUGUCUUAGGUUAAAAAGUGAUGAAGUAUUUCUGUUUGAACUUCUUGUCAUAUAUCCAGCUGAUAUAAAGUUGGAUGACACUGAUGUCCAGGAUCUUUGUGUUUUAGGUGUUAUUUUAUGUUUCAAUAUUCUAUCUUUGAGAGCUGUAAAGAGUCCUUGUGAAAGUUUUCCGUGUCAAAACGGGGGCACCUGUCGCGCAAUUUACGAAACCAAAGACUACAGUUGUUCAUGCACCAAACAUUACCUUGGAGUGAACUGUGAGAAACUGUUUUGUGGUAGUGAUCCAAAAUGGAGAGCUUUUAAUACAUCUUGUUACAAAUACUUCGCUCAAGUGCUUAACUUCUUCCAAGCUAAGUCGUAUUGCCAAACAUUGAACAGUACUAUAGUGACUUUUAACAGUGCAGAGGAACACGCAUUUGUCACCCACGAGGUCCUUUCUGAAGCAUACGGCGGUGUUUGGAUUGGACUGACUCGUGAUCCAUCUAACAAAGGGCUUUGGAGAUGGGAAGACGGCACCCAUCUGUCUUUUACUCAGUGGGAGAGUACUCAGCCAGAUUACAUCAAUGAUGAUUGCGCUCAGAUGAUGUUUGGGUUGCAUUAUAAGAUCUACUGGUAUCAUGAAUGGCAUGGCACAAAUUUUGUGUUCGCCAAAGAGAGAACUCUUCAACGCGGCCCAUCUGAAAGACAACAGUAUGCGAUCUUUGAGGCCGAUUCAUUUCACGCCCUUGAUGUUACAAGAGUCGAUGUAGUGUACAGUCCUUGUGAAAGUUUUCCGUGUCAUAACGGGGGUACCUAUGGUGCAAUUUACGAAACCAAAGACUACAGUUGUUUAUGCACCAAACACUACUUUGGAGUGAACUGUGAGCAACUGUUUUGUGGUGCUGAUCCAAAAUGGAAAGGAUUCAAUACAUCUCGUUACAAGUACUUCCCUCAAAUGCUUCACUUCUUCCAGGCUAAAUCGCACUGUCAAACACUGAACAGUACUUUGAGUCCUUGUGAAAGCUACCCAUGUCAAAACGAGGGUACGUGUUUAGCACUUUAUGAAACAAGUGACUACAGUUGCAAAUGCCACCAAAACUACACUGGCGUGAACUGCGAGGACCUUUGGAUCUCUAGCACUGGUCAAGUUAGGACGUAUUAUAAGUAUUUUAAUCAAGACUCAAGCUGGUUUGAUGCCAGAUCCUACUGCCAGUCAUUAGAAGGAACCUUAGUAUCGCUCCAAAACUGGAAUGAACACAACUUUGUAACCAGUCAAGUCCUUCCCCCAACAUAUAACCGUAUUUGGAUCGGGCUGAGCGACCUAGAGCAGUCUUGGGAAUGGAAAUGGGAAGACGGGUCAUCAUUAUCUUUCAAUCGAUGGGGUCGUGGUGAACCAAACAACAAGGGGGGGGACGAAAACUGCGUGGAGAUGAUAGAGGUACACCACACAUGGAAUGAUUAUCCUUGCGGAAAUAUUAGGCCUGGUUUCAUUUGCGAAAGGACGGCUGUCGAGAAAGAAGAUUAUGACCAAGUUGUCAGUAAUGACAAUGAUGAUGUUAAUGAUGACGAUAAUGGUGAUAAUAAUGUUUGGAUCUCUAGCAUUGGUCAAGUUAGGAAGUAUUAUAAGUAUUUCAAUCAAGACUCAAGCUGGUUUGAUGCCAGAUCCUACUGCCAGUCAUUAGAAGGAACCUUAGUAACGUUCCAAAACUGGAAUGAACACAACUUUGUAACCAGCCAAGUCCUUCCCCCAACAUAUUACCGUGUUUGGAUCGGGCUGAGCGACCCAGAGAAGUCUUGGGAAUGGAAAUGGGAAGACGGUUCAUCAUUAUCUUUCAAUCGAUGGGGUGGAGGUGAACCAAACAACAAGGGGGACGAAAACUGCGUGGAGAUGAUAGGGGUAUACCACACAUGGAAUGAUUAUCCUUGCGGAAAUACUAGGCCUGGUUUCAUUUGCGAAAGGACGGCUGUCGAGAAAGAAGAUUAUGACCAAGUUGUCGUCUCGCAUUGUGGCGAUGAAGAAGGCUGGGCCUACUUCAGCUCUUCAUGUUACAAGUACUUCCCCGAAUCAGUUGACUGGAGUACUGCAACAUCCCGCUGCCAGGCACUCAACAGUAGCCUAGUGACGUUCCAAACCGCACAGGAACACCAAUUUGUCACCAGCCAAAUCCUUCCAGCUUCUUAUCACGUGUGGAUUGGGCUUAACCUCUACUCUGGCGUCUGGAAAUGGGUGGAUGGCUCUCUGCUGUCUUUCGUAAAGUGGCAGCCGGGUGAACCAAACGGUGUCAGCAAUAUCGAGGACUGUGCGGAGAUGAUUCUUGAGUACUCGCUAGGUACCCACUGGAAACACACCUGGAAUGAUGUUAUUUGUAUAGCGACCAUCAAAUUUAUUUGUGAAAGGCCGGCCAUCUUGGAAAUUGUUCCAUGA